UUUUAGCCAUUAUCCAGAGUAGCUUCCCCUGAAAGUGGCAUAGUUGUUGCUAUAGGUGACAUUAGUUAUUUUCUUCCUGAAUUCCUCAAUCAAAUCGGAAUUUAUCAGAUUAUUUGCUGCAAAAAUAACAACAACAACUGCAAAGUUUAGACAAUCUGACAGAUCAUCGAUAGAUUGGUAGAUGAUUGGAACAGAUUAAGCAAACAGAUUCUCUUUCAAGAAAAAAACCUGAACAAAAUGUGAUGGUGGUUAAAACUGAUGGGAAAAUGGUAUUCUUAGAAACAUGAUGAUGCUUGCUGUAGGGAGGCAGUUAUGAUCACUCAGUGUCUAUGGUGUUAGAAGAGCUUAUCAUGGAAAAUGGGGGGUCAGGGGACACCGAAAAUGGCACUGGGGCCGACGAGAACAAAAAUAGAAACAGUCUUGAAAGGGUCGAGCCAGAAAGGAAAAUUACGCCCUUUGAACGUCUCUCCCAAGACUUGAGCGAUGAUCCGAGAGUUUUGAAGGAAAUCACGCUCGGGAAGAGAAUCGGUUUCUACCGGAUCCGGGGCGAACUGGGCAGCGGGAAUUUCUCCCAAGUCAAGAUGGGCAUACAUGUUCUAACAAAAGAAAAAGUUGCAAUUAAGAUCCUAGACAAGACCAAAUUGGACCAGAAAACCCAGCGACUGUUGUCUCGUGAAAUCAGCAGCAUGGAGCGUUUGCACCACCCUAACAUCAUCAGGCUGUAUGAGGUGGUGGAGACGCUAGCCAAGCUGCACAUUGUAAUGGAGUACGCAGGUGGUGGUGAACUGUUCACCAAGAUCUCAAACGAAGGCAAACUGGCAGAACCAGAGGCGCGGCAUAUCUUCUCCCAGGUUGCUGCGGCCAUUGACCAUAUGCACAGUCACAACAUCAUUCACAGAGAUUUGAAGGCAGAGAAUGUGUUCUACUCGGGCUCAAGAUUUGUAAAAAUUGGAGACUUUGGCUUUAGCACAUGUUCCAUGCCUGAGAGUUUAUUGAACACAUUUUGUGGCAGCCCUCCAUAUGCGGCCCCCGAACUGUUCAAAGACGAGAGUUAUGUUGGCGUUUUUGUUGACAUUUGGGCAAUGGGGAUAAUGCUGUACUUCAUUGUGACAGGAAUAAUGCCAUUUAGGGCAGAUACCGUAGCAAAGUUAAAAAAGUGUAUAUUAGACGGAAGUUACAUAAUACCAUCAUACGUGUCAGACAGUUGUCAGUUCUUGAUUCGUAGUAUGCUUAAGGCCGUUCCGCAAGACCGAUUCACAGUGCAGGAGAUUCUGGACUCUGAAUGGCUCGAGGGUCAAGAAAUUCCAAAGCCCCUGGAGCCUUAUAGUGUUUAUCCCAGUCUGUCAGGUGCUCAUAUCAGUGAUGAGGAAAAAGACGCAAGAAAAGUGCUGAACGAACUUGGCAUCACUGACACGCAUUUUCGUCAAAAUGGUUCCCGGGACUCGAGAUCGAGUGUUACGGGUACAUAUAGGAUAGUUCUGCAUCGAAUUCACAAAAGGCGUCUUGGAAUCAGCGACAACAGUUCGUCAAGCAACAUACAGGAUAUGAAUCGGUCACGUUCCAAUGUUAAUCGUGAUAGCGGAACUGCUGCUCCGUCUGUGACAAAACAGUCAAAAUUGUGUACUAUAUUGUGAUUUUAGUACAUUUCUGUGAUAGUAUUAUUGUUUAUUUACAUAUAUUAUUUUACAUAAAUGAGGCAUAUACAAUUGCCCAUUUUGUUUUGCAAGGGAAGGUAAAUUUUUAAUUGUGAUAUGUUUGUUUUUUUAACCGGAAACAGUAUUGCCGAUUGUAUUACCUAUAUGAAUGGUAUUUAUUUAGUUUUUUUUUCCUAAUUUAAAAUCAUUCCAUUUCCUAUUUUAUUGUCCCCUACCGGUUUCACCGGAGGGGACUUAUGGCUUGGGCUCUGUGUGUCCGUGAGUCUGUCACACUUUUCUGGAUCCUUUGAUAACUUUAAAAGUUCUUAAUAUUUUUUUCAUGAAACUUGAAACAUGGAUAGAUGGCAAUAUGGACAUUAUUAACGUCAUUUCAUUUUGUUCCUACAUAAAAAAUACUGGUUGCUAUGACAACAAAUAAAAAAAUUAAAAAAUUCUGACAAUGGUGGAGUCGGUAGGGGACAUAUAUUGCUUGGCAAUAGUCUUGUUUAAACAAUUUUUAAUCAACAUUCCUAACUGAUUGUUCCAAAAAUGAUGCAUAUAUAUCAUUAAAACAUUACAAUUAAUUAAGAUAAGAUUACAUAAUAAUGUAAAAUGUAAAGUAAAAACUCUAUGCUGUACUAUUUAUAUUUAUUUCUUGUUAAUUGUCAAUUUUUUAUUUGUUUACAAAAUACAAAUGCUGUUAAAAAAUGACAAUCAGAAAAUGACCUGAAGCAAACUUAUUUUUGAUAAGUAGUGAGAUAAGGUAUUGAAUUGCAAAGUAAAGAAAUAUAGAAACAAUCAGUGAGAUUUAUUCUUACAUUUAUUUGUUUUUCAUAAGUAUUAUUAAUAAUGCUAAAAAAGUUCUAGCUUGAAAUGACAAGUUGUGUUUUCAGUGUUAUAAUUUAACACAUUACAGGGGAGACGAUAUACUUAUUUUCAAUUUGCAAGCACUUAUAAAACUACAAAUCGUCUACCUUUAAAUUGAUACAAUAUACUGUCUAUAUUUACACAAAAAAUGAACAAUCAUUCUUAUAGUCUCUAAUGCUUAAGGUUUACGUUAAACUUUUACAUACAUUUAACAUGUCUACCUUAAAACUUGAGCUAAAAUUUUCAGGUAACUAUUUCUUCUGUCUGUCAACCUGAGCACAAAGUCCAUGGGAGCAAGAUUAAGCCAAGAAUGAUUGUGAUCUAGAGGUCAACCCUCCAUCUUAAGUUGAACCCUUGAUCUAAAGGUCAACCCUUAAUUUGAAGGUUGAUCCUAGAUUUACAGGUUAAUCCCUGAUCUAAAGUUCAACUAUUGAUCUAAAGUUCAAACCUUGAACUAAAGGCCAACCCUUGAUUUAAAGGUAAAUCCUAGAGUUGUAGGUUAACCAUAGAAUUAAAGGUCAACAAUAUUGAACUUAAGGUCAACCGUUUAUUUAAAGGUCAAUCCUAGAUUUAUAGCUUUACCUCUUCUCUUAAGGUCAUCCAUUGAUUUCAAAGUCAACCAUUGAACUAAAGGUAAACCCUUGAUUUAAAGGUAAAUCCUAGAUUUAUAUGUUAACCCUGAUCUAACCUAGUUACCUUGCUUGCAAGACCUAAAUAAAGUCACUCAAAACACAUGAUUAGCAAAUAAAGUAUGAUCUCAAUAUGACCAAUGUAUGCAGAACUAAUAGAUUUAAUGUCAGAGGAUCAAAAUUUAUAAAACAAUCAUAGCUUCUUUUCAUUUGAUAGCGCAAAAUGCCUCUGGGUAUAAAUUUUUGAUGUUCAUACAUAGUUUAAUUUUUGAUACUUUUUGGUGGACUGGAUCUUUGAAGAAUUUAUAUCAAAACAUUAAUAGAUCUUAAUGGUCAUUAAAGUAAUAAUGUCAAACUGUGACAGACAAUUUAUGGAUGGGCAUUGCUCUGUUAAAAGGGGUAUUAAUGCAUGUACAUAAAGUGUGGAGUCUCCACAGGUAUUAAUGCAUGUACAUAAAGUGUGGAGUCUCCACAGGUAUUAAUGCAUGUACAUAAAGUGUGGAGUCUCCACAGGUAUUAAUGCAUGUACAUAAAGUGUGGAGUCUCCACAGGUAUUAAUGCAUGUACAUAAAGUGUGGAGUCUCCACAGGUAUUAAUGCAUGUACAUAAAGUGUGGAGUCUCCACAGGUAUUAAUGCAUGUACAUAAAGUGUGGAGUCUCCACAGGUAUUAAUGCAUGUACAUAAAGUGUGGAGUCUCCACAGGUAUUAAUGCAUGUACAUAAAGUGUGGAGUCUCCACAGGCUACUCAGGGACGACACUUUCUGCUUUUAUGGUAUUUUUUUUUGUAUGUAUUUUUUUAGCAAAACUCCAGUUUAGGCGGAAGUGUUGUCCCUGAUUAGCCUGUGCGGACUUCACAGGCUAAUCUGGGACAGCACUUUACGCACAUGCAUUAUAAACCCCUUUUCACAGAGCACGGCCCAAUUAUCUAGUUACCAGGUUUUUAUAGGCAUUUUGCUAGUCAUUCUUACAAGUGUGGAAUAUUGCAGCUUUCUUUUUACAUGUUGUAGUAUCUUGUUGCCAUCACAAUCUGAUACAUAUUAUGAUACACAAUCAUAUCUGUUAUCAUUUUUGAACCCUGGUAAUGAGAAAAUAGGCCUUAUAAUGAUCGCUACAAUGGCAGCUAAUGAAACCAAGAAACCUGACCUGAUUUUAUCACAGAAAGGGUAGCACAGGCUGAUCUGGAGCCAUGGUGGCUGUAUACGGCCUAAAUUAUGAUAAUAGCCAUUAACUGUUUACCACUUAAAAACAUAUUUUGAUGCAUUUGUAGCACCUUGGAAAGAUCAAUUUAAUUAAAGACCAUUCUUACUACAUUCAACUUUUUAAGGCUUUAUUUCCAACCCUUACAUACUGAUGGGCAGCAAACAGCAUAAAACCUGAACAGACUGCAAGUAAUUCGCAGACUGUUCUGUUUUUAUGCUGUUUGCACAUAGCCAUUUUCACUUUGCUUCUGAGUGGGAAAGGGCUAAUGAAUUGUUUCCCAGGUCAUUUGAUGUCUUAACAAUCCAGGCAAAUGUUAAGCUGCUGUUAUCAAUACCAAAUUUAUGUACAUUUUGCUAAGUUGUAUAAUUGCUAAAACAAAACACAAUGUUUUUAGGAGAUAAAGAAGUAAAUAAUAAUCAUAACUUAAAGUAACAUUUGCUUGCCUUUUUGCAGAGUUUAUCUAUUUUGUUUCUCUUUGUUUGCUAUUGAAAACAGACUUUGGUGUAGUAUUCUUAAAAACAACAGACCACAUUUGUAUUCUUUUAGCAGAAUUUAUUUGCUUAGUUGCUAAUUUGUACAACUACUGAUAAGAAUGGUGUGUAUUGCAAUAACUUAAACGUAUUGUACAUUUGUGCCGUGCUCUGUGAAAAAGGGAUUUAAUGCAUGUGGGUAAAGUGCCGUCCCAGAUUAGCCUGUUACCAAUACAGGAUCUAAUUCUUGCAUUUAUUUAACUCAUUUAUGCCAAGCCUCUAGAAAAAAGGCCUUGGCAAACAGCGUAGACCCAGAUUAGACACUGCAUGAUGCGGCGUCUCAUCAGGGUCUGUUCUGUUUGCUCAAAGGAAUUUCUGUAAGAAAUAUUCUAAAUAUAGAAAUAGGUAUACUAGAAAUCCCUAAUUUUGGAAAUAAAUUGAUCCAAUUUAGAAGGAUGGGAGACCACUAGGCAUAAAUGGUUAAAUAAAGUUAAAUGAAGGGAUUAAACAGCCUCUUAUUUAUUUAUAACACUAAUGAUCAUAUUUGCAAUAGUGAAGGUUUAUGCACAGUUCUUGGACAGUUUUUAUGCCCCCCGUAGGGUGGCAUAUAGCAGUUGAACUGUCCGUAAGUCAGUCUGUCCGUCCGUCCCCAAACUUUAAUGGUGAUAAUUUUUUCAAUAUUUAACAUAGCAACUUGAUUUUGGCAUGCAUGUGCAUCUCAUUGAGCUGCACAUUUUGAGUGGUGAAAGGUGAAGGUAAAGGUAAUCCUUCAAGGUCAAAUGUCAAAUAUAUGGCGUCUGUCCGUCCGUACGAAAACUUUAACAUUGGCCAUAACUUUUUCACUAUUGAAGAUAGCAACUUAAUAUUUGGCAUGCAUGUGUAUCUCAUAGAGCUGAACAUUUUGAGUGGUGAAAAGUGAAGGUGAAGGUCAUCCUUCAAGGUCAAAGGUAAAAUAUAUGGCGUCUGUCCGAAAACUGUAACAUUGGCCAUCAUAUUUCACUAUUGAAGAUAGUAACUUGAUAUUUGGCAUCCUUCAAGGUCAAAGGAAAAAUAUAUGGCUUCACAGUGGCACAGUAGGGGAUAUUGUGUUUCACAAACACAGCUCUUGUUUAUAUAUAUUUAGAAUAGUAUUUUCCAGUAGCUGAAUUUCAAUUGUUCUGAAUUGUAUUUUGUAUGCCCCAUCAUCUACUGACAUAUAGCGACCGGCCCAUAUAAAACCAAUAAUGUUCCCUAAUAAUCUUUGAUACUCUCAUGGAUGUUGUCCAUCAACACACCCACAUUACUCUGAGCUUAUUUUACCUGACCUUGACCUACUUUUGGACUAAUUUGGAAGGUCAAAGUUCUUGGUUAACCCUAAAUGAAACAUUUCAUUCAACAUCAAUAAUGAUUGCUACAAAACUUUGAUACUUGAAUGUUUGUAAUCAAUGUAAAAUAUAAUCACACAUACAUCCGCUGACCUCAUGUUGACCCCCUGACCUCAUGUUGACCUUUUCAUUGACUACCUUUGGAUUUGUUCAGAAGUUCAAAAUUCUUGGUAAAUCUAAUUGGACAUUUUGCUGGACAUAGAUAAUACUUUACUAAAAGUGUUGAUACUUCCAUUCAACACUGCACAUUCACAUUCGCUCACAACAUUUUCACCUUAAUAUUGACCUACUGUUAGAACUACCCAUGUUCAAAUGGGCCAAUAAAUCAAUACUGACAAUACUUACAAUGGGUGCUUUUUGUUUAAUUUAUAAAUUGAAGUAAGACGUUUAUGAUCAAAAUGGCAUGCUUUGUAACAGGCUUUGCAACAGUAACUUUUUAAGUUGAUUUUAUUUUUUAAGCAUUUUAACUUAUGUUAUGUCUUUAUCUUAUACAUAAUAACACAUGUAUGAGGAUGACUACAGCUUACCUUUGUUUCAGUUUUAUAAACUCUAUAUUUACAGACAAGUGAUUGCUAAAUGUGUUUUAAAUAAUUGUGCAUAAAUAAUAUUUAUAUUAUAUUAUUAUACUAUAUAUUAUAUUAAGUCCAUGGGAUUUAUUGGAAGAUGCAUUUUAUCAUAUUUAAAAUAAAUUGAAUAAAUUAUUGCAAAUAUACUCUGAGGGUAAACCAGUACAGUUAGAAAAAUAACUAUGUUUUUGUUUGGACACUUUAAUUGACACUAUUUUGUGAGAUAUAUAAAUAUCAGCAAUUCAUUACAUGUUUGUAACAAAUAAGCCAGAUAUUGUUUUGAACAAUCACCAUUAUGUCAUCCCAAUAGUUUUCAAACUAUAAUUUUUUAUUUAUUGAUAAGUGUUAAUUUUUAGCUCACCUGAGCACAAAGUGUUCAUGAUGAGAUAUUGGGGUCACCAUAUUUCCAGUGAAAUAUUCUAGAGGCUACAUUAAUGACACAAUCUUGAUCAGAAUGCUUAAGUUAAAAAAAUCUAGGCACAGUUGUAGUCAUGGUUACCAAUAUUUGAAAUCCAGAUCUCCUGGUCAAAUUUACGAAAAACUUCUUAACACUAUAGAGGCCAGUUGUAUCACUCAAGUUGUAUCACUAAAUCUUCAUAAAACUUUGACGGAAUGUUUUUAUUUACAAUAUCUAGUUUGUAUUCCAAUUUGGUUCGUGUGCGUUUUAAUACAAGGUUACCAGGUCAAAUCUUAGAAAUCUUGGAUACCAGUCUAGACGCAAUAUGUAUGACCCAAUUUUAUGAAAGUUGGUCAGUAUGUUUAUGUUGACAAUCAUAGCUUGACGAUAUCUUUACCAAUUUUGAAAUCAGUUCACAUCGUUUAAAAAACUCUUUCAUCAGGUCAAAUCUUAACCAAAAAUUUUGUUAAAAUUCUAGACACCAUUUUUCUUAUCCUACUAGAUGAACCUCUGUCUGAAUGGUUGUAUUGACCAUAUCAAGGCUAAUUUAGUACCUGGGUCACGUGAAUCCAAAAAGCUAGGUUACCUGGUCAAAGUCGAUAAAAACUCUUGUUAGCAUUCUUGAAGCAACAUUUGGAACUUAUUCUUGAUCAAACAUUGUGUAGAAUGUUUACAUUGACAAUGUCAAAGACAUAUUUGAGUGUAGGCCAAGUGUAGUUAACCACGUCAAGUGUGACAAACAAUUGUGUACAGUUGAACUCUGGUGAGGGAUUAGGAGCUAUAUUGGAUUUUUUGUUUGGACCAUGUUAAAAGCAUCAUGCAAAUCUCCAUAAAAUACACAUGUGAAACUAGUAUUGGUAUUAAUGUAUGUUGGAGUGUCUUUCAUGUUUAAUGACACUUUUUGUGAAAGAUAGCUGUUGAUUGUGUUGUUGAUUCUUGAAAAUAAUUGUGAAUAACUUGAUUAAAGGAGUAAUAAAAAUAAUAAAAUAA